ACUGGCCAAGUUGUCUUCAUAGCCUUUUGUGAAGAAGCAGAGGGCCUUGGCAGCUCGCAGUGGCGUACGCUUCAACCCUUCUCGCUCCGGCUGCUCCCCCACGCUCUCAAUGAGAGCAGAAAAAGCUCCAGACAUUUUCUCGAGUGUUUCCUCCGCUUUCUUCUUGUCAGUCUCGUUCUUCCAGCCCAUAUCCAGCUGGUCACGGUGCGUGUCCAGGCGAGACAAGGGUAUCCGCAUCUCCUCCGGGCUCCCAGGCAGUGAUUGCUGCGAACUGCCAGCCGCAAUAUUUCUCCCACUUAUCCCUGUCGCCAUUUAUUUUCGAAAUUUUGAUGGGGUAUAUACAAAUUUUCAGUCCAUGCAUUCACUGUAUAUAAUUCUUGCAAUCAGGUUAGGAUAACGACACGAAGUGGAGUACCCACAGUUACUACUGGAACCCCCCUCAACCACGGUCUACUACCAAGCUGCUUGAACGAGAGAGCUAGCUCAGAGGCACUUGCGAGAGCUAAUACGGGCACGCAUGCGCAAUAGCGCGGAGCUAAAUUAACCCUAUUCCCACCGCAAUACGAGAAGGCUACGCGGAAGCAGAGAAGACUAGACUGACAGGAGACUAGGCAGUAGUAAGUAUAUCCCACGAUGAUAGGAAGAUUUCGAGCCUCACCAGUGCUGAUGACGGCGUGUCUAGCGCUGGCGGCGAGCACGAUGGCCCAGAGAUCAAAUGACUUUCAGUUCAACAUUCUGACUAACCAGAGACUCAACUCUGUGAUGAGAUGUCACGAGGUCGAAUCCCUCUUUGAGUAUGACCUGCCAGAGGUCCUCAAAGUCAGGGUUCCCGGUACUCCAGAACAUGAAGUCGUCAAGAAUUAUAUAGUGUCUCGACUGAACCAGCUGAACUGCUCCCGGUGGAACAUCACACAGCACUCCUUUGAACAGGACACCCCCUAUGCCGACAUUCCUCGUACAAGAUUCACCAACAUUAUAGCCACCCUGGACCCAGAGGUGGACAAGAGACUGGUGCUGGCAGCUCACUACGACUCUAAGAGGACACCCAGGGGGUUCCUGGGAGCCACUGACUCCGCCCUCCCUGUUGCCCUACUCCUGGACAUGGCUCUCACCCUCGAUGAGAAACUGCAGAAUAGAGGGCUGUCAGAGUACAGUCUCCAGCUGAUAUUCUUUGACGGCGAAGAGGCGUUCCAGAGAUGGACUGCCACAGACUCUCUCUAUGGCUCGAGACAGCUGGCCAGAGACAUGGAGGACACCAGUCUCCUCAGUGUCGGAGACAAGACUGCGCUGCAGGCUAUGGAGGCGUUUGUUCUGCUGGAUCUGAUUGGAGCUCAGAAUCCAACAUUUCACAACAUGUUUGAGAGCACCACAAACCUCUAUGGGAGACUUGCUCGAAUAGAGCAGAGGCUACAUGAUAGUAACCACCUGGAGUCCCACUCUCAACCCUACUUUGUAAGUCAGCAGCUACGAUCACUUCAAAUUGAGGAUGACCAUAAACCCUUCCUGGAGAGAGGUAAUAGCACACACACACACCCAACACGUUUUUUAAAUUAGGGUUUAAUGAACGAAGGUCACGAAAGAACAGAUGUCAAUACACGAUACCUAUAAGGAAAGAGGGCUAUGGGUUAGACUAGACAAACUAAGCGGUAGAAAAUAGUAAACCGUGAUUUAUUUGGAGCAAUGAAUACCACCUGUCACUUGCAUUAUUGCAUGUGUGUCUGCGUGUUUGGUGUUCCUAUUUUUUGUUGCUUGGUGAUUUGUCUUUCUUACUGAAAUUCACGUGUGUGGAAGUGUAUUCACGAUGCAGCAUGCCUCCCAUAGCGGCCCAUGUUUUACGAUAGAGCUUGGUUGGUGCACAGUUUGGUCGAUUUGGCAUGUGCUUUGGAAGUUCCCACACGAUGCAGCAUGUUUCGUGACAGAAGCUGCUGUGUUGUGGGAGCCA